AUGGAGUUUCUGCAGAACGCGAAGACUGGAAUCCGGGGCCUGCCGGGUGACAGCAGUUGCGCCUUGCACGAACGGCACCGCCUAGCUCCUCGCCCCUGGCAGGCCGGCGCUUUUGAGCAGAUCCCCAUGGUGGUCUGCCAACGACGCCAAGAGAGGGAGAGGGAAGCUCGCUUCAAGCUGAAGUUUGCGCGGGCCACCUUCCUGAGACAGCUGCGGACUGCCUAUGGCAACGAGGUUCGAGGACUUCGCCGAGAUGUCAACCCGGACGGCCACACAGCCACAUUGCGUGACAUCCGGCGAUAUUGCCGACAGGUGGAUCUGCCGGUGCACAUCUCGGACCUUUGGGGCAGCCUGGAUGCUGACGGGGAUGGCCGCGUUCGCAUGGAGGAGCUGUGCUCCCAGCGGGCGGAAGCCCUGGCUAAGUUCAAGGAAUGGGCGCGCGAACGAUUUGGCCGAGCCACUGGGAUCUGGGAAUCCCCAGAGGCCAUCCGCGCCCGCGCGAAGCGACGGGGCCAGGGAUCUUGGGUCUCCGAGUCCAAGAUGCUGGUGGCCGCCUUUGCUGAGGCUCUCAGGGAGCUGGGCUGGCCUGGUGUGCACCACCCAGAGGAGCGCGCCUUUGUGUUUACCUCAUUGGACUCAAUGGGCUGCAGCCUGAUCACAGUAGAGGACCUGGACUGGUUGGAUAGGUGGCAGCCUUCGGAGUUCCUGGCUGCGGACCCGAAGCCGGAGGCCUGGGUGGAGCUCAAGGAGUUGCUGGUAAAGACCUACCAGCACCCGCUGCGAGCCUGGCGAAUGCUGGACAGGGACAGCUCCAACCGCAUUGCCUGGACGGAGUUCCGAGAUGUAUGCAAGAAGGUUCGUUAUGGCGGCGACAUCAUCGGGGCGUGGCGCGCUCUGGACGUGGACAUGUCAGGGUACAUCACCAUGCGGGAGUACGAUCCUGCCAGCGAGGAGCUCCUAACAUCCUUCAAGGAGUGGGCGGACUCCAACUUUGGAUCCGUACGCCACUGCUUCAAGGCAUUAGACAGCGACCGCAGUGGAUCCGUGACCUUUCCCGAGCUGAAGCGGGCCUGCCACAAGAUGAAGUGGCUGGGCAACGUCCGCACUUUGUUCGACUGCCUGGACAUUGACUCUGGAGACAGGAGAAACCGAGAUGCUGCCACGGGCAAGCGGGCCAUCUCCCUGGAAGAGCUCGCCUUCCUGGACAGUUGGAACAUCGAGCCGCGCCCGGAGGUGGCACAGAUGGAGGAUGAUUUGGCUGAGAGUGAAGCGAAGCGAGUACUUUCAACGGACAAGAAUUUCCAGCUGAUCAAGCACAGUGAUGAAGCCAAGGCAAAGGCUGAGGAUGGCAAAGGUGGCUCGGACUUGUGCAAGUCCAAAUCAGGACCACUACCUUCGCCUGGUCAAAGGCCAAAGACGCACGAGGAGCUGCCCGUCAUGAAGCGACGCUUCACGACGGAAAGGCCCAAGAGCCAAGGCAGCUUGCGCCGUGCGCCUGGCACAGCCGCCAAGCUCCAUGACUGCAACGCCAAGAGGAACAAGCAGAGGGCAGAGAUGCGGGACCGCCGCCCACACACGGACAACGCCUGGCUUCGCUCCUACACCUCUUUCGAGGCAGUAGAGGCGCGACGGUAG